GUUGACGCUUUGGCCGUUUUCGCGCUAUCUUCCGCUGUCGAAUUGCGUCUCUACAUUGGCUCUAUUUAACAAAUAGGUUCGUAGCCACCUAGAGCAGACCGUACAGGUUGCGGAAUGCGUCUUCGCUGGCCGUUCUGGGUACCUACCUGGUACCCAUUUGGUCCCAAUUGUGUAACGCGAGACCACAGCGAAACAAACCUGCCAAAAAAAAAAAAAAUCGUUGUUUAUCGACGGCAAACACAGUGUGCAUGUGCUAUUUCUCUUUUGCCACUUUGGUCAGCUUGAAAAUACCAUAAAUGCCUAGUUUAUACCAUCCGUUUCCGUGCAUGCGACAAGAAGCGUAGCAUAACCAAGACGAGCACUCCGGCUCUUGGCUAGAUCUAGUCAUCAUGCCAGCAGCCACAGAAUUUCCCCUGUUCACUCGGCUACCGAUAGACCUGCGACUCUUCAUAUGGGAGUUUGCCAUCCUUGAUCAUAAUCGAGACCGGCUUGUGCCAAUCAACGAGGAAACGAAGCGAGUGAUAUGCAUCGCCAAUAUCGCAAACUCUCUGUUCUUUCGCGUCACUUCCGAGAGCCGCAAGGUGUCUCAACAACUUUAUCACAUCCGGCUUCCCGUCUUCUGGAAAGUGCACGCCCCCGAUCCGCAGCACAGGGCCGUGGACGAGAACAUGGAAGACAACCCUGACGAAUGCCACGGUCACAUUUACAUUAGCUCUAAACACGAUACUUUCGUCUUCGGCCUCGACAGGUUGGCGCCCCAUCACAUCGACGAACAUUGGUGGCUCCAGAAACCGCUAGGCGGCCCGCCCAAUUUUGGUUGGAGGUCGGCUGGUCUUACCCAGCCACAAUGCCUAAAGGUUCGACGUAUCAUGCUGUUCAACUCCGUCAAUACACUUUGGCUGAAAGAUGGGUGCCACAAUACGCUGCGUUGUGCUGUCAGGUGUGGUGCGCUAGACGGGAAAGCUUGGCACGACGAGGGAGCCUUCCCAGGCGUUCAAGAAUGCAUUUAUGUGCCACUGGAAGGGGAGGCGUACUGGGAAUCUGUCUACCUAUACGCAUACAUGCUCGAUAGGCCCGGUCAUAGGGUCCUAGCAAGGCUGGGUAGGGGCAAUCAUCUUGUCUUCUUCGAUAAAGAACAAAUUACGGAGGCCCGAAACCAGUCCUCAGUGUGCGUCUGUAACGACGAGGAAAUCCGAGAGAGGGAAGUAACUUGGUGAUGACGCGGCGGGCUACACGAGUAACCUAGGUACCUGGUAUCUGCCUAGGUAGUUAUUUAGCUAUGGAUGAAGCUUUUACUACCCUGUCUCUGAUAUG